AUGUUGGGGAUUGCAGAGGUUUUUAUAGCUCUAGUAGUGUGUCUUCUGAUUUUGCAGUUCCUAAAGCUGCAGUGGAUGCGCACCCAGCUUCCUCCAGGACCAGCUCCCCUCCCCAUCAUCGGAAACUUGUGGCUGCUGGACUUCAGACUUCGUCGAGAAACUCUCGCUAAGUUAACCAACAUCUAUGGAAGCAUCUACACAUUGUGGAUGGGACAGACACCUAUGGUUGUACUAAACGGGUACAAAGCAGUAAAAGAUGGCAUCAUCACCCAUUCCGAGGAAGUUUCUGGAAGACCUCUCACCCCGUUCUACAGGGAUAUGAUGGGUGAGAAAGGUAUUUUUUUGACAAGUGGGCACACCUGGAAGCAACAAAGACGCUUUGGCAUGACCGUUAUAAGAACUCUGGCACUCGGUAAGAACAAUUUGGAGCACCAAAUUCAAGCAGAGGCCUGUCACCUUGUGGACAUCUUUGCAAACAUGAAAGGCAAACCUUUCGACCCCCACACUGUCAUUGUCCAGGCUAUUGCAAAUAUAAUUUGUGCUGUUGUCUUUGGUCACCGCUUCUCCACUGAGGAUGAAUCUUUCAGCAAACUUAUCAAAGCUGUUUAUUCUGUGAUCUACUUCCAAGCUACUAUCUGGGGCAGGAUGUAUGAUGCUUUCCCAUGGCUUAUGCACCACCUCCCAGGACCUCAUCAGAAAGUGUUUGCAUACAAUGACUUCAUGCACCAUUUAGUUAUGAAGGAGGUCCAAGCUCAUGAAAGACAGAAAACAGGUGUUUCACAGGAUCUCAUCGACUUCUACCUAGCUCAAAUAACAAAAACUAAAGACGACCCUACUUCUACAUUUAAUACAGAUAAUAUGGUGCAGACUGUAGUUGAUCUUUUGCUUGGAGGGACAGAAACAACAAGUACUACCCUUCUCUGGGCACUGCUCUAUAUGAUACAAUACCCAGAAAUACAAGAAAAGGUUCAAAGAGAGAUAGAGGCUGUUCUGGAGCCCUCCCAUCCCAUCAGUUAUGAAGACCGCAAGAAAUUGCCUUAUACAAAUGCUGUGAUUCACGAGGCUUUGCGGUACAGCAAUGUUACUUCUGUUGGGGUCCCUCGACAAUGCAUGAGGAAUACAACUUUGCUGGGUUUUCACAUUAAGAAGGGCACACUAGUACUGCCAAACCUGCACUCUGUUGUGUAUGACUCCGAGCACUGGGCGACCCCUUGGAAGUUCAACCCAAACCACUUCCUUGAUUUGGACGGCAACUUUGUGCACAAAGAGGCAUUCUUACCUUUCUCAGCAGGGCACCGCGUAUGUUUGGGGGAACAGAUGGCACGAGUUGAAUUGUUCAUCUUCUUUACCAACCUCCUUCGGGCAUUCAAAUUUCAGCUCCCCGAGGGAGUAAAGGAAAUCAAUUUGGAGUACAUUUUAGGUGCAAUACUGCAGCCACAUCCAUAUAAACUCUGUGCUAUUCCACGCUAAUCUGCAACACGCUACAAUGCAGAGAGACUUCAACCUGUCAGUAAUCGCAGAUACUUUAAAAACACUAUCACUAUCUCAAUUGUAUUCAAAUGCAGGUGGCUCAGCAUAGCAAAUUAUUAUGGCGUAGUUUUACUUAGGACUGAUAUGUAGCUGAGCUUCUUGAAAUUAAAAUAAGUGUACUUGCCA